GUCAACUCUCUUUCUGAUUCCGAUGGAAAACCUCUUAGCGAGGUUAUCGCUAUGACCGUUGGAAAACUUGGUGAAAAUAUCACUAUACGAUCAAUCAUGGCACUAUUCGCUCCCACGGGUGCCUCAUUGUUUUCAGCUGCACACCCACGAGAUGGACUGCCAUCUGUUAGCAUGGGGAAGUUUGUUUCUGUAAUCGCCCUCCGAAGAGCUGACGCACCAGGACUCUUUCCCACUGAUAGAUUAGCCGCACAGAUUUGUCAGCACGUGAUUGGAAUGCGAUCGGAGACGUUAGGUGACCCUCCAAAACCUUCCAAAAGCGAGGAGCAAAACGCUCAUUCAGAGAGAAACGAGGAUGAACUGAACGAUUUUGUCGAUGUAAAGACAACACGAAUUGACGAAGAUGAAACAGCACUCUUGCGUCAAGCAUUUAUGUUGAACCCAUCUCAGACUGUAUACGAGUAUCUCAAAGGUCAUCAGGCAGAAGUGGUGGAUUUUGUCCGAAGUGAAUUGGGAGCUGCAGAUUGA